AUGAAACUGAAGCCCGACCAGACCCGAACCUACGACCUGGAAGGCUUCAAGCAGCGGGCGGCGUGCCUGUGUUUCCGCGGCGAGCAGGAGGACGAGGUGCUGCUGGUUAGCAGCAGCGGACACCCUGACCAGUGGAUCGUGCCCGGUGGGGGCAUGGAGCCUGAGGAGGAGCCGGGCGCCGCAGCAGUGCGCGAGGUCUACGAGGAGGCCGGGGUCCGAGGCAAGCUGGGCCGCCUGCUGGGCCUGUUCGAGAACCUGGAGCGCAAGCACCGCACCCACGUCUACGUGCUUGCCGUCACCGAAAUCCUGGAGGACUGGGAAGAUUCGGUGAACAUCGGUCGCAAGCGCCAGUGGUUCAAGGUAGAGGAUGCCAUCAAGGUGCUGCAGGGCCACAAACCUGUGCAGGCCGAGUACCUGGAGAAGUGGAAGUCAGCCAGCUCCCCGAGUGGCAGCAGCCCCGCCGGAGGGGGCCCACCAGCGGCCGCCGGUUCCGAUGGCCCCGACGGCGAUAACGCAGGGCAAAGUGCGGCCGAGCCCGCCUCAGGCUCCGGCAGAUAA